AUGAAUUCUCAAUUGCAAAAUAAUAAUAAUCAAUCAACUACUCCUGCCCAGCUGCAAAAUGCUGGUAGCUUACGUCAAAAUGUCUCAAAUAUUGGUCAAAAUGCCACGGAUAAUGCUUUUGUUGACGUUCAACUAUACAUAGACCUACUAGAAGGUAUAGAUUUCCCUGAAGCGCAAAGCGUAGAAAAUUCAUUAUCGCAGGACACAUUUCUAUACACCGACCUAUUUGACGGCAUAGGUUUAUUAACCGAACCACAAGAGGACCUAUACACAGACCUAUUUGAAGGUAUAGGUUUAACCGAGGAGCAAGUGGACCUAUACACUAGCCUUUUUGAAGGCAUAGAUUUCUUCGCUGAUGUAGAAAAUACAUCAUCGCAGAACGACCAAUUCUCAUUUAUUUCUGGGAAUUCUUUCCCAUAA